AUGUUUGAUUACAAGAUUUUAGAGAUGCCGGCUGUCAUCUUUGAUAAUGGAUCAGGAUUAUGUAAAGCUGGACUUUCUGGGGACCGGGCUCCAAGAUCAAUUAUUACAUCAAUUAUUGGUUAUUCUAAAGGAAAGUCAGCAAUGCUUGGUGCAGGAUGUACUGAAUAUUAUGUUGGAGAAGAGGCCCAAGUCAAAAGAGGAAUCUUAAAUCUGAACUACCCAAUUGAGCACGGUAUAGUUACCUCUUGGGAUGACAUGGAAAAAAUCUGGAGACACAUGUAUGAUUGUGAACUACGUGUGAAGUCCAGUGAGAGACCUGUACUGUUGACAGAAGCUCCUUUGAACCCUUUACAGAACCGUGAGAAGAUGGCUGAGAUAAUGUUUGAAAACUUUAAUGUCCCAGCCAUGUAUGUGGAAGUGCAAGCUGUUCUAGCGUUAUAUGCUGCUGGCCGUACCACCGGCAUUGUUUUGGAUAGUGGAGAUGGAGUUACCCAUGUGGUGCCCAUAUAUGAUGGCUACUGUUUACCACAUGCAGUGUCUAGAAUUAAUGUUGCAGGCAGAGACAUUACAGAACAUUUUAUGAGGCUUCUUUUAGAAUGUGGACAUUCAUUUGUAACAACUGCCGAGAGAGAAAUGGUAAGGGAGCUAAAGGAGAAGCUCUGCUAUGUGGCACUGGAUCCAAAACUGGAAAUGAAAAGAAACCAUGAGGAAAUCAUGAAAGAGUAUAAACUUCCUGAUGGGAAAGUCAUUGCAGUUGGUAACCAGCGGUUCCGCGCUACAGAGAUAAUGUUUACCCCGGCUAAUAUUGGCCUUGAGACACCUGGGGUGCAUAAAAUGAUCUUUAAUAGCAUUAUGAAAUGUGGCAUUGAUAUACGCAAGGAUCUGUAUGGUAAUGUACUUUUGUCAGGAGGCUCUACUCUUUUUAAAGGAUUUGAUGAGAGACUAAUGAAGGAGAUGCAAAUCCAGGUACCAAGUGGCAUGCCAGUGGGGAUAAAAGCACCACCUGAUAGAAAAUACAGCGUGUGGAUCGGAGCAUCUGUCCUUACUACCCUGAAAUCCUUCAAAAGAAUGUGGAUAACAUCCCCUGAUUAUAAAGAAUAUGGCACUUCUGUAGUCCACAAAAAAUGUCUUUAA